CGCUUCCAGGGAUGGCACCUCCAGCACCUCAGUGUUGGUUUGAGCUGAUAACAGGUUAAUUGCGCAAGAAGUGUUUGUGGGUUCAGGUAUUAAAGGCGAAUAGCUGCGGUCUGGGCUUCUGUGUCCUUGUGAAGGGACAGACACGUGUUAAUGCAGUGUUUCAUUAACAGACAGAAGAGUAUCCGCGAGAUGGCAACUGCUCAGAAGCAAAGGAACUGUGCGAGCGCAGUUGUGUUUCCUACCAAAAUAGCCACUGAGCAGCAGUCCCUGAUGCUGGUGAAGAGGCUCCUGGCAGUAGCAGUGUCCUGCAUUACAUACCUGAGAGGCAUCUUUCCUGAAAGCGCCUACAGAACAAGAUAUAUGGAUGAUGUCUGUGUCAAAAUCCUGAGGGAAGACAAGAACUGUCCUGGCUCCACUCAGCUGGUGAAAUGGAUGUUAGGAUGCUACGAUGCCUUGCAGAAGAAAUACCUCAGAAUGAUUGUCCUGGCAGUCUAUACCCAUCCAGAAGAUCCUCAGACCAUCACUGAGUGUUACCACUUCAAAUUCAAGUACACCCACAACGGGCCCCUCCUGGACUUCAGCAGUAAGGACAUCAGGAAUAACUCCACCAUCACCUGUGCAGACACCAAGAAAGCCAGCAUCCUCCUCAUCCGCAAGAUCUACGUUCUGAUGCAGAACCUCAGCCCCUUACCAAAUGAUGUUUGCCUGACUAUGAAGCUGUUCUAUUAUGAUGAAGUUACACCACCUGAUUACCAACCCCCUGGGUUUAAGGAAGGUGAAUGUGAGGGGAUGAUAUUUGAAGGGGAGCCCAUGUAUCUGAACGUGGGUGAAGUGCCAACGCCUUUUCAUAUGCUGAAAGUUAAAGUGACAACUGAAAAACAACGAAUGGAAAACGUUGAUAAAAGCAUCCUGAAGAGUGGAGAGACCAAUAUGCCUCUCCAGAUGAUCCGAGUGGACAGGGAUGAUCCAGAAGAGGAGAACCACGACAUGACUGAAAAUCCCAUCCUGGAUAACAAAGAGGGAGAUAGGAAUAAUGUGAGGAGUUCAGAAGCUCAAGAACCACACUUAACUUGUGAGGAAGAUGAAGUGAAAAAGACUGGAGGGAACCAGAAUCUGUAUGUUUCUAAUCCUCAGGUGGAUCAUUUGGCCAGUAAAACAUCUCAACUUAAUGUGUCAGAGAGCAGGACAAGGAGCGGAAAGAUAUUCCAGGCCAGCACUGUUCAUCAGUUUGAGCUCUCAUCCAGCCAAGACGUGCUGCCAAAAAGGAGGAAGAUCAGUGAACCAAAGGAGCAGUUCUAGAUGCCCGUGUCCAGCUGGUUGUUCACAGAGUUCUCCACGCCACUUCCACGUUGUUGUUGAAUGUGAAUGUUCCUAUUUCAAUAUCUUGUAGGGAUCUUUUGGGUUCUGUUUGUAGUCAAAAUGGACAGUUUUGAAAAGGAAAAAGCCUGUCAAGAAGCCCAGGUGAAGAAAUCAGAAGUUACUUUUCAGAGGAGGUUGUAUCCCAUCAGGAAAGACAAAAGGUGGGUGACUACUGGGAGAACUUGUUCCAAGGUGAGUUGGGGAUUUAACUCCUGCUUGUAACCUGGUACGCUCUGAUGGUGACUGUGGGAGGUUCAUCACCCACAAGGUUUCACCAGGAACUUUGGGCUCUGUUUCAAAGCUGAGGAACUCCUUGUCCGGAACCUGCCUCGUGGGGCUCAAACCCCCUCAAGUCCUGGGUUCAUUCAAGCUCGGGUUCACUUUCAGCGCUGUUACAUGUUCUGCUUUUGCUGCUGGGGCACUUGGGGGGCUCAUUUCUGCCAGCCUGAAGGCACCACACUCCAGUAAGCAGCUUUCUUCACACCUCCACUUCCAUAUUUCAUGCCAGAACGGCUGUACAGAUGUGAUGGGAUCUAUUUACGUGUCAUUACAAAGCGUUCAGCUGCGGCUCUGUUAGAACGGUGGAGGAUUACUUAUGUGUGCACUU